AGGGAGGCCUCUGCGUGUUCUUCAUGGCGAGCGCCCUGUACAUCUGCUCUCGCCCCGUGAUCUCCCCCCUCUUGAGGGAGCUGCUGUCGGGCGGAAGCCACGUCGUGAGCGCUAGCGCCUCCUCGGUCGAUUCCCCGGCCCACUCGCUCGCUUUCUGCGGCGUGAUUCUUGCACUCUACGCCCUGGCCGUGGUGUCGAGGCACUUCCCGGACUCCCGCAUGGCCUGCGGCGUCGCCGUUGCCGGGGUCGGCGUGUUGACACUGACGGGGCUAGCUUCACCAACCAAAACCCUGGCGAGAAGAGCGGCGUUCGCCGUCGCCGUCGCCGUCCCCGUGGGCGUCUGGUCCGCCCUCGCCUCCAUGCCCGGCGCCGACGCCGCCAUCGUCUCCUGGUCCGCGCUAGGAGCCGCGGGCACCUACUCCUGCGCCCUGAUGGUCCUGCUGGAAGCGGCCCUGCCCAGGCCGGCGGCGGUGCUGUCGCGUCGCGGCUCAGGGUCAAGGGCCGGCGGCGGGGGCCCCGCAGUGGGCAGGGCGCGGAGGGUGGGGAGCGUGGUGAUCGAGCUGUACGUGGCCGUGGUGGCUUUCAUGCCGGCGGCCGGGAUCGCUCAGGCGAGUCAGGGGGCGGGGUGGAAGGAGAUCAAAGGGCUGCAGCUGCUGAUCCUGGGUCCGGUGGGGAGAAACCUCAUGGGUCUUGCGCCGCCUACCGGGCACAACAACGACGGCAGCGGCGGCGGUACGAACGCGCAAGGCGCCGCCCGUUUCGCGCUCGCGACCGCGGCGACCGGUCACGCCGUCAUCGCCGUCGCCCUCAAACUGCUCGAGGAACGCACCGGCGGUGCUGGUGGUAGCGGCGGCGGGGGCGGGGGCGGCGGUCGAGGAGCGGGGGCAGGUUUUGGUCGGAGGCGAGGGGUGCAGGGGCCGGCCUCCAUAUCUCGGGCCUUUGGGGAGGCACGUUGGAUCCCUUCCAUGGGAAACGCCUCCGCCAUUUUCUCGGCUGUCGGUGCGUUCUUCUGCUGCUGGAGGCACCUCCCGGGGGAGAGCGCGAGGGCCCUGACCGCGAUCCCGUGCUGCGCCCUGCUGCUCCUGCUGCAAGAGGAUGGAAGACUUUUCCGCGGCGACACGGGGUUCGGGGCCGCCGUCCCAGCGGGCGCGCUGUCGGCGACGUGGGCCGGUUCUGCGGUCUUCUACAUUAUCUUGAAGGGAUCAUCGCUAGCGGGAGCACCGCGGUCGUCGUUCUCCCUGAUGAGCUUGUUGGGGGCUGGGCCAGCCCUGGGCGUGUACAGGGGGGUGCUGCACCACUUCCACGGUGCCUACGGGUCGGUGGACAGCCGCAGGCAUGGGGAGGCGGCGGUAGCGCUUCGGGCCGUCAGCUUUUGGACGGCGGAUUCCCCUUGGCAGCCUCUGUGGAACUUGGCCCUGCUCGCAGUUUCCGUCCCGUCCCACGCCUUCCUGGCGCGGUUUCUCUGGGGCGGGCGGGGUUCCACGCCUCAGCGAGCGUCGGAAGUGCUCGCGGCGCUGGCGAUAAACGCCCUGCCUUUGAUUGCCGCCGAUCUCGCCAGGUAUUGUAUGUACAACACACACGGGCGGCUACAGCAGGGAGUUCUUGUUGUUUAG